CUUUUGUUUCCCAUGUAAGACCAACUUUUGAUUUCCUGAUCUAUCCGUUCUGUGAACUAGGUUCAUUGUUCUAGAGUCUUCAAUGCCCUGAUGGAAUAUUUUUGAACUUUUGCCACAAUGGGGUGUUCUUGGAUGUCAUUAGCAAUGGCGUUGACGGUUUCCAUCUCUGUCGCGACGGUGCCCGCUGGAGACGAAAACCAAUGCGGCACACAGCAAAUCUGGGGUACUUGUGAACCUAUCCCCUCGGGAAUGAAAUGCCUCGGUGUUCAACUCCCGUACACAGAGACCUCCCUCGUCUACGCAAACGAUUCGACAACCCUAGAAAAUGUCCAGGAGAAACUGAUCUUAUGGAGUGCGCUGAAGAAUGUUCCGCAGUGCUGGGCAGUGAUACAGCCGUUUUUGUGCGCGGUUUAUAUGCCAUCUUGCAACUCGUCUGUCAAUCAGACCGAUAAUUCUACGAUUACGAAAGUCAGUUUUGUUAGUAAAGAACUGUGUGAGCUGACGCGAGGUCCUUGUAAGAUCGUCUCUUCUACAAGGGGAUGGCCGUCAUUUUUGCAGUGUGAUAGGAGUUACUUCAAGGCGGGAUGCAAGAGUCCCGUCGACGGCCUAGAAUUCAACAAGACGUCGACAUGCGAGCGCCCCCUAGUCAAGACGCCGAACCCGAGUAGUUGGUAUGAGGCAGUAGAAGGCUGCGGGAUCCAGUGUCAGAAUCCGCUGUUCACACAAGAGGAGCAUGAUCACGUCCAUAUCUUCAUAGCCGUGUGGGGGACUAUAUGUCUUCUCUGUACUCUUUUUACUGUGUUAACCUUUCUGAUCGAUUGGAAGAAUGCCAGCCGCUACCCGGCCCUCAUCCUCUUCUUCAUCAACGUCUGCUUCUUCCUCGGGAGCGUCGGUUGGCUUGCCCAGUUCGGCCCCGGAGCUCGCGAUGAUAUCGUCUGCCGUAGAGAUGGUACGAUGAGGACAGCGGAACCGCAAGUCAAUAACGGUGAAUCCGCAUCUUGCACUAUCGUGUUCUUCAUUGUCUAUUUCUUCAUGAUGGCCGGUGUCACAUGGUUCGUCGUGCUAGCCUUCGCCUGGCAUUUGACGUUCAAGGCCCUGGGUACCCCUAGAGACGAGGUUGACGGGAAAACGGCGUAUUUUCAUAUCACGGCAUGGUCAUUUCCACUCGUGUUGACCAUUAUAUGCCUGGCAAUUACUGAGGUCGACGGGGACUCUGUCAGUGGUAUUUGUUUCGUUGGUUACAUCAACCAUGGUACGCGCGCCGGACUUGUUCUGGUUCCGGUCGGGAUGGCGCUGACAGCCGGCUUGUUCUUCCUCAUCAAGGGUCUUGUUACACUCAUCAGAGUGAGGCAGGAUUGUCCCUCUGUCAUCAGCGGGAAGGCCACGUCAAAGAUUCGCGAGACAAUCAUUAGAAUAGGAUCUUUCACGUCUCUCGCUUUCAUAUUUGUGUUUGCGACGUUCGCCGUCCAUGUUUAUAUCUUCACCCAGGAGGCUGACUGGCAACUGAGCUUCAAGGAAUACGUCAUAUGUGAGGCCAAUGUGACCGUCGCCAACUCGCUGACCAAUCAGACCACAACUUGCCACCUCCGUAGCCGUCCGAACCUGUCCGCCAUGAUGGUGCACAUCUUCUCGUAUUUUGGCGCUGGUAUUGCCAUGAGCUCAUGGGUAUGGACAAAGGCGACCAUAUCAGCGUGGGGAAGAUUUUUCCGAAAAAUCUUCCAUAUGCCACAAAACAAACCCGUGAAACUAAAGAAACAUAAGAUGAUUGCGCGGGCGUUUGCCAAACGACGUGAGCUGCAGAACGGUAGCCGUAUGAGUGUUAGCUUCGUCAGUACCCACGAUGACCCAGUUGGUAUGAAAUUCGAUCUGAAUAGCGCUGGUUCGCAAUCGGAGAUGUCGUCGACAUGGGCUGCCAACGUUCCGAAGCUUGUUCGUCGGCGAGGAGGCAUGAUGCAUCCCGUUGCGGGGACUUUGCGGAGAUACUCUGAUUCAGAUAUCCAGUCAAUGGCUUCCUACAUGUCGAGACGAACCUCUGUGGAUUCACAAGCCAGCGAACAGGACCAAGAACCUGAAAAAAAACCCAGGAAGAAAAAACGCAAAAAUAAAAAACGUGCCAGAAAGAUACAACCAGUUGAUCAGCCGCUUGGGUUCAUUCAGUACGCGGGGAUUAACGGUCAGUUGGUCGGUGGCGCUAUCUCAAACGCGGGUUUCCGACGUGGCAGUGACGUGUCCGUCAGUAGCCACGCAUCGUCGGUCAGCUUCCAAGUUUCCAUCGACAAUCCUGGUCAGCCUCAUCCAAGGCCUCCAGCGCGUCUGCCAGCACUUAAUACUCAGAAUCUCACAAACUUUUCCAUUUUCACUGCGAGUUCGUUUAUGCCGAAAAAUACGCCUGAUUCUCUUGGGCUAUCUUCCCAUCGAGUGGAGAAGUCUUGCUCGUCGUCUAAUCGUAAAGGUUUGGCUCCAAAACGGAAGUUUAAGAAGCCGUCACAAGUGGUUGAGGAUGAUGUGCAAAUUGAUGUUGAUGAUCUUUCUUUUACUGAAGCCUGAAUCUCAUUUAGAUAAACUGCCAAAGGGAAGCUGAUGAUGGUUAGUUGCCCAAGAACAUUAUCAAUCAUCAGUGUACAUAUCAUGUUUUGUUUGAGAACGAUACUGGUUAACUCAAUUGUGGUGGAGUAACUUGCCCAAGAACACAAUCAACCACUAGGGUACAUAUCAAUAUCAUGUAUUGUUUGAGAAAGGUGCUGGUUAACUCAUUUAACAGUUAAAAGUUUGUAGCAUUUUAUAACUCUUUAGUUGCAUUUUAACCUGAGUUUUGAACUCGUAAACAUUGUUUUAAAGUAGCUAGGAUGUAGCUAAAGGUAGCUAAUGUGCUGAAUUUUUGAAUAUUUUUCAACUCGUGAGUGCUAACUGUUAUACUCAUUUCCUCGCGGGUCGGUAUCACUAGUCCUGGCCUGCUGUUUUGGAAAUUGUUUUGUACAUGUAUAAGGUUGCAUAUAGCAAUACCCCUAGCCCAAAGUGUAGCAUAUAGCAAUGACGGUAUUUCUAUGAUGUGUAACAGUGCUUUUUGUGCUGUGGACAGAUAUUUCAGGUGAGCAUUAGGCCCCACCAAUUUAAUACCUUGGGUAUUAGAGGAGUGGCAGAUUUUUCAUUGUCAGGGGACGGGAUAAAUACAAGAUGUCAGCACACUUGGCCUUGGUGGACACUAUCAAACUUUUAUGAUGGUUUAUUAUACGGAACUUAGGCCUAGCUUGUGUGGAGUCCCUUCGCUUUUUUGUGACGGAGACAGUCUUUGUAUGCAUAAUCAUUACUUUGGAUGCAUUUGUAAUGUUGUUAUCUAACCAUUAUUAAGGUGUAUACAAUUUUUGUAAUAAACAUAUUUUAGGAA